UGCAUUGCGCCGGCCGGCAGGGCGGAUGGAUGAGUUAUGUGUGCAGUUACUCGCGUCUGGCAAACGGGUCGCCUCGCCAGCACCAAUUACACUCCGCUGCAGCAUCAUCUGAGCAUCUCGGGAAUUGCUUAUGGAUCCGAAUCAAAGUCAGGUGGUGCUUUAAUUUGCAGCCCAGGGUUAGGCAGAGCCAGCCAUUUUAGUUUAUCCACGAUCUGCAAGCAGUCAAGCGGUUUCUUGCUGGCGCCGAGUAUGCUGUGUGCAGUCCCUGACAUCUGAGCAGCAUCCGUUUCGCAUCUUUGCAUUGGUUUUGGACCAUUGCACUGAUUUUGCGUCGGUUUCGCAUCUUUGCAUUAGUGUUUGGACGUUGGCACUAAUUUUUGCAUCGAGUUCGCAUCUUUGCACUGAUCUUUGUUUGUUUGUAUCGGGUUCGCAUCUUUGCGCUGGGUCUUUGCAUCGGUUUGGGACUUUCGCGCCGAUAUAGCGGUUUUGCAUCGGUGCUGUGCCUUUGGCAUUGAUUUUUGCAACCUAGCAAAUAAAGCCUUCGAUUGGAGUUGUCGGAUAAGCUGCUGUUUGCUGACUCACCGUCGCUGCAUCUGUCGCCUGGUGUCGUGUGGUGUAGCCAUCCAUCCCUCUGUUGCAGCGGGAGGAGAGGAGAGGAGACGGGAGAGCUUUCAUCUGUCUGCCCGUCCACCCAGCCACCCACCCAGCUGCUUGCAGCAUGUCGGACCUGACCCCGCAGAGCGACGCUCCCACCCCGUCCACGGACAAGAUCACGCAGGCGGCCCGAGAGACCAUCUACCUGUGCAACUUCCGAGUGUCGGUGGACGGCGAGUGGCUGUGUCUGCGGGAGCUCAACGACAUCUCCCUCACCCCCGACCCCGAGCCCAGCCACGAAGACCCCAAGGACCCCAUUGCGAUCGAACGCCUCAACCUCAUGAACAUGGCCAAGCUGAGCAUCAAAGGUCUGAUAGAAUCGGCCCUCAACCUGGGCCGCUCUCUCGACUCCGACUACGCCCCGCUCCAGCAGUUCUUUGUGGUGAUGGAGCACUGCCUCAAGCACGGCCUCAAAGCUAAGAAGACCUUCCUGGGGCAGAACAAGUCAUUCUGGGGGGCUCUGGAGUUGGUGGAGAAGCUGUGUCCAGAGGCGGGGGAGAUAACUGUCAGUGUGAAGGAUCUGCCUGGCCUCAAGACAGCGGUGGGGAGGGGACGUGCCUGGCUCCGACUGGCUCUGAUGCAGAAGAAGCUCUCCGACUACAUGAAGGCCCUGAUUAACCGCAAGGACCUGCUGAGCGAGUUCUAUGAGCCGAACGCUCUGAUGAUGGAAGAGGAGGGAGCGGUGAUCGCCGGCCUGCUGGUGGGACUCAACGUUAUCGAUGUCAACCUUUGUAUGAAGGGAGAGGACCUGGACACGCAGGUUGGCGUCAUUGAUUUCUCCCUCUACUUGAAAGAUGGCGGGCACAGCAGCAAGACGACAGAGGGGGAUGGACAAAUCACAGCCAUCUUGGACCAAAAGAAUUACGUGGAAGAGCUGAACAGGCACUUGAGUUCCACCGUGAAUAAUCUCCAGGCAAAAGUGGAUGCGUUGGAAAAAUCGAACACCAAGCUCACUGAAGAGUUGGCGGUGGCCAAUAACCGUAUCAUCACGCUGCAGGAGGAUGCGGAGAGGGUGAAGGAGGAAAAUGCCUUCCAGCUGGAGUGUACCUGGAAGAAGAUGGAGGUGUCGAAGGCGGACGGCAACAUGGAGGGUCCGGUGCAGAGAGCCGGCCGGCACAGUGGAGAGGAGGGGGACAUGGAGACCCGCAGACAGCUGAAGGAGGAGACCCAGCUCAGGCUGGACGUGGAGAAGGAGCUGGAGGUGCAGAUCGGGAUGAAGCAGGAGAUGGAGCUGGCCCUGAAGAUGCUGGAGAAGGACAUCUGCGACAAGCAGGACGUACUGGUGACCUUCCGACAGCAGGUGGACGAGGUGCAGGCUCUCAACCACGAGCUCUGCCAGAAGACCCAGGGCUCGGACCACGUGAUCCGGCAGAAGAACGAGAUCAUUGCCCGGCUGGAGGAGAAGGCGAGUCAGAUGAGCUGCACUGUGCGGCAACUGGAGCAGAGUGAGAGUGACUUGGUGAAACAGGCUAGGAAUUUAAACCUAGCCGCUGGGAAACUGAUGCACAGACAGUAGGCGUGGAGCGGCCUGUUUCCGUCUGGCCUAGCUUCUCACCCUCCGCAAAGCCUUCAAAGUUGUGGUUACAGUUUGCAGUGGAGCAUGUGGCUUUAUUUUCCCCAAGUAGCUACAAGUCAGCUACAGAAGUUGAUUUUUUAUUUAUUUCUAUGAUAUUUGAAUAAUUCAUGUUUCUCGUGUGGUCCUUUCUGCCACGGUUUCCAUGGUCUCUCUCUCUCUCUCUCUCUUUCUCUCUCUAUCUCUCUCUCUGUCUCUCUCUCUGUCUCUCUCUCUCUCCUUCAGGGGAGAGUGGGGUCUGACCCUCAUGAGCUCAUGAUCUCAACUGGUUCUGGUCUGUUUUGCUUGCUUAAACCAGCUGGUGUGAAAGUAGAUUUGGACUGGGUCACCUUGAGCAGUUUGAUACGUUUGAGAAAAUAUCCAGGAGUCAGGAUGAUAAGAUUAACUCCGGAUAACAAGGGUGUGUGCAGUGGAAAUGUGCAGGAACGAACUGCAGAUGCUGAUAUAAGCCAAAAACAGGCACAAAGUGCUGGAGCAAUUCAACGGGACAGGCGGCAUCUCUGGAGAGAAGGAAUUGGUGAUGUUUUGGGUCGAGACCCUUCUUUGGACUGAAAGUCAGGGGCAGUAGGAAGGAACUGCAGAUGCAGAUACUGAAGAUAGACACAAAUUCAGUGCCUGAUCCUCAGACUGAAGAAGGGCCUCGACCCGAAACUUCACCUAAUCCUAUUCUCCAGAGAUGCUGCCUGACCCGCUGAGUUACUCCAGAACUCUGUGUCUUUAGUGAUUAGCAUUGAUUGGUUUACCCUUCCAGAAAUCUGCAUUUGAUAGCAAACACUGCGGAUCUGACGUGCUAAAGUUUGAAAAACUGUGAGAUAAUGGCGUUUAGGAUGCUUUUGGAUUGGUGCAGGGAUGUGGAGGAAUGGGGGUUCUGUGCUGGCAGAUAAAAGUUGGUCUUGGUAUCACGUUUGGCACAGAAGCUGAGGGCCGAAGGGCCUGUUCCUGUGCUGGACUGUCCUGUGUUUGCAGACGUUGCUCUCUGUUCAAGUCCUGCUAUCCCGAUUGCUUUCCUGGGCAUUUCUGUGCACAAAGAGUUGUGUGAAAUGUGGCAUUAUUCCUUGCAGUAUUGCGACCCGCUCAUAGUGACCUAUUGGGGGCUGCUGCCACAGUCUACCCCAGUUCGUAAGCAGGCGGCUUGUGUGGGGUUAGUCACGGGUGUGGAGGGAGAGGGGUGAAGGGUUUGGGUUCUGAACGGAAUGAUCGGUCAGCUGACUCGGAACACCUGGACUUGCCCUGCGCUGUCCACAGGGAUAUUUGAUUCAGAGUGUACGGCUUAACGGGCAGAUCUUGGACUUUGUUGCAGUGCAAGGCGGGGCUGGGAGAAAAGUGUCGAAAAUGAAAAUAAAUAAAACAUUUUAUGAAAUUAACCAUUCAAUAUUGUGAACUGUGUAGUCUUAGAUCAAAAAUAAAACUCUUGCACAGAAAACCAGCUCCCCGUUUUUCAACAAGCUGCUGACGGUUUCAAUAUGUGGGUGGUUGGUUUGGGCCAUCGAUGUGUUCUGUGUCUCGUUGUUUAGUUGAUCUCCGACCCGCCCCACCACUCCGAUCUCUCCCCCUCCCACCCUGAUCUCCCCCCCUCACUGCCCCUGUUGAGUUGUGCACUUGUUGUUAGUCUCUCCCCCCCCCACCCCUUCUCCCCUUUGCCCUAAUCUCCCCCUCCCCUUGCCCAUGCCUUUGGACCCCUCCCCCACUAUGACCUUGUUGAUACCCUCUACACCCCCCUUUGACCCCACCCCCCACUGCUCUUGACAUCCCCUCCCAAUCUCCCGUGACCCUGUCUGGUUUCACCCCGUGACCCUGUGUGUAUCAUAAGGGAGAGGAAUAGAAUUAGGCCAUUCGGCCCAUCAAGUCUCCUCUCUCAUUCAAUCAUGGCUGACCUAUCUCUCCCUCCUAACCACAUUCUCUUGCCUUCCCAUAACCCCUGACACCCGUACUAAUCACCCGUACUCCCCCCUCAUUAUCCUAAACUCCGGCGAGUACAGGCUCAGUGCCGUCAAACACUCAUCGUAUGUUAACCCACUCAUACCUGGGAUCAUUCUUGUAAACCUCCUCUGGACCCUCUCCAGAGCCAGCACAUCCUUCCUCAAAAAUGGUGCCCAAAAUUGCUCACGAUAUUCCAAAUGCGGCCUGACCAGCGCCUUAUGGAGCCUCAGCAUUACAUCCCUGUUUUUAUAUGGAAGCCCUCUCGAAAUAAAUGCUGGCUUUGAGUUUGCGUUCUUUACUACUGAUUCGACUUGCAGAUUAACCUUUUGGGAAUACUGCACCAGCACUCCCAAGUCCCUUUGCACCUCUGAUUUCUGGAUUCUCUCCCCAUUUAGAAAAUAGUCUACGCCUGUAUUCCUACUACCAAAAUGUAUGACUCCACACUUUGCUACACUAUAUUCCAUCUGCCACUUCUCUACCCACUCUCCCAACCUGUCCAAGUCCUCCUACAGAGUCCCUGCUUUCUCUACACUACCUGCCCCUCCACUUGUCUCCAGAUCAUCCGUAAACUUGGCCACAAAGCCUUCAAUCCCCUCGUCCAAAUCAUUAAUAUACAACGUGAAGAGUAGCGGCCCCAGCACCGAGCCUUGCGGAACUCCACUAGUCACUGGCAGCCA